UUCCUUAUCAAACAAAAUUACUGUCGCGUUUGGACUUGUAACGAAUAUAAUCGAAAAAAUACGAAAAAAAUAUCGAAGCACGAACACGAAUUUUUGCUCCUGACCAUCGAACCUCUUCUCGCACGGAAUUUACGAGCGACCAGCGACGUACGUAUUCCAAAUUUCAACAUUAUUUUCCUUUAAGCGCUAAUAAGAUACGACGGAACGCCAACGAGAUAACGUUACGCGUUAAACAACCAACCUACCUACGGUACGCGCGUUGUGUAUAACGAGGUGGCAUGCCAGUGACCCAUAUUUCAGGUAAUAAUUUAUUCCUUAAGGUCAGUAGUCGGUGGCAUCGAUUCUUCUAUAUUACGUCCACCUCUCGUCGGCACACUCGUGUUCGGCUUUAGGUCUAAAAAGGAACGAAACGAAAAAAGAGAUUCGCCUCGUCGCCAAUAUAGCCGCAAGAGAAGCUCGACGUUUCGCAAUAUUUCUCAACUCCACCGAAUGAUAUUUAUAUUUUGAAGUUUUGCAGCAGCAGCAGCAGCAGCUCCAAAUAAAAAUUUCAGCGAAAAACAAAGCGUGGAAAAGAAUUUGGCCGCCAGGAAGCUCGCCGUAAGCAAAUUUUCGUCUUUCGUUGUCUCGUCUCUAAGAAAAGGAACAAGGAAGGAAAAGGAAAAAGUAAAAAAAAAAAAAGGAAAAACGGAGAAAGAAAGAGUCGAAGACUGAGAGAAACGAAGGAGAAAAAGAGGAGCGACCGAGGAAAGGAACGAAGGAAGCUAUCGUCGGGCGUUGCUUCUAUUAACGAAGAAUGGGAUACAGAAGCGGUAGAAAGAGCAGCAAUGGUCGUUCCAAGUUACACGUCGCCAGACCACAUCGUCGUAGCUCGAAGAAUCGUGCUGGCUUGUCGUCCUGUGUGCACAAAUGCGUGGGUAGCGAAGGUUUACAAAAAAUAAGAAAUCACAUAAUGAAGGCCCUCGACUUUGGCAUCGAAUCCGGAUAUCUCGUACCAAUGGACGCAACCUAUAAGAUGCUGCGCGUAUCCUCCGAUUUAUUGGAAAAACGGCAAAGUCGAAGAACGGAGAAAAAGGACGAAGAGACGACGAAAUACAGGAGGAAAGGGUCCAAGGAUUCGUGGAAAUUGCGUGAAAAAGAAAAUAAAGAAGACGAGUCGGUGGACCGAUCGACGAAGAAAUUCGAGGAACGUCCGGUACAAGACGCGAGGUGCAGACGAAACAGUAGAAGAAAUUAUAGAUCUCGAAGUCGAUCCAGAAGAAAUCAACGCAGAUCUCGCAGGAGACGUAGGAGGUGCAGUUCGGAGAAUCCCGAGGAGAUGGGAGAAGACGAGGACGAUUACGAGCCAAACAAAAACUCCGAAAAGAGGAACCCUCGUAACGAGCGUGCGAAUAGCGGUUCGAGAAGUUCACGAUCGAAAACGCAGGAAGACAAAACCGACGUCGGAAGAUCCGACGACGUCUCGGACAUUUCCCUCGACGAGGACGAAAGCGACGACGAGGGGGAUAAGAAGGAGACCAACGCUAUCAAAUCUUAAUUCAAAUCGAUGUGCGAUAGCCGCGAACCACUUUCAAAUUUCUUAGUAUCGUCCACUUCUCCCAAUGUUAUUAUUAUCCGUAUGACCAAUAUA